AUGCCGCCGGAUCGGUACAAUCCAAUAGUGGAGGGGUAUUUACGGGAUACCGGCUUUUAUUAUGUUUCACAGAUUGGAGUUGUCCAAUGUCAGUCGACAUUGGUCAAUGCUUUGAUCGAGAGAUGGCGUCCUGAGACUCACACAUUCUAUUUUCCGGUUGGUGAGUGUGCCGUGACACUGGAGGAUGUGGCGUUAAUUCUUGGUCUUCUGACGAAUGGUUUGCCAGUUACGGGACCAACACUGAGUAGUUAUGAGGCGUUAGAGCCUGAGCAGUUCACUCCAUACAUUUCUGACACGCAUUCUGCGGAUUACUUGACACCACCAGUACAUCAGCAGUACUGGAGUGUCCCGCACCAAGAAUCAGGUGAACAGGAUUUGUUUAGCCAACUGCUUGGAUUCAUGGCUCUUGUGCCAGGUUACUCAUAUCCAGCUUACAGAGACAUUCCCACUGACCAGAGGGCCCAACCGAGUGGGAUUGCUCCAGGUAGAUUGUCAUUGGAUACGAAACCUCGACAGCUCACUUUCUCUAGUACUUCCGGAGGUAGACUUUCUGUUGACUCAAGUAUGAGUGAUGAUGCCAUGAGGGGGAUCAUACAGAGCGAAAAUUUACGUCGUGUUCCGAUGAGUCUCAUUCUAGAGAGCUAUCAGCCAGUUGAUGAGGACAAUGAUGACUUUCUGGUUGACCAUCCAGAUGGGGAUGGGGAUGAGGAUGCGGAUGCGGAUGAGGAUGAGGAUGAGGACGACGAUGAGGAUGAGGAGGAUGGUGAGGAUGAUGAUGAUGAUGGGGGGUGA